AUGUUCCCGUUGCUGCAUGCGCUCCGUUACAAAAGAGUGUCAUCGAGACUACCUCGCAAGAAGAUCGAUUACGAGCUCGCUACUUUAGCAACUAUCCUCAUACGCCAGCCUCCACAACAGAGUUAUAACGUCCUCAAGAACCUUCCCAUCGAAUGUGUUGUAUUAUACGCAUUCACUCGUGCGAUGGCUAAGGAGGCUCUGGUGGUCCUCAGGCAGAGUCUACUAGCCGGCCUUACUCUGAGUUUACAAGAUAUCACUACUAUCCUGGUUAACCUCUUGGAAGACUCAUCCUGGCUCGAACCGUCUCCUGUUAUCAGCAUCAUCGCCGACUACUAUUGCUAUGGCCUCGACGAUGCGUGGCUGACUUUCGAGGAAAUCCGAUCUCUUUUGCCACCAACGAGCUUCGUCCCGGUGCUUGUGGUUCAAUGCUUGUGUUUGAUUUUCCGUCGUAACAACGGUUGUGUACACAGAGGAGAUGCGAGGAGGCUUUUCCAGAUGGCCCUCAGCGACCACUGCCAUGCUCGUGCCGUCAUCUAUGCUAGUCUCGGUCGAGCGGCUAUGGCGGUUCUCGCCAGCUACGACGAUUUGCUCAUUCGUGGAGUUCGCAGACCCUCUCUCGUGGUUGGGGAUUUGGUCGCCACCCGAGACACCAACAACUGCUUCCUCACCAAAGAUGAUGCUCUGUUGUUGUUCGAUAAGCUCCACGACUACUACACUCCUCUUGCUGCCGCCCUUGUGCAACGACUUCCAUUGGAAGUAGUCGAGCCGACUCUGGUCGAAGCCUGUACGGCCGGAACUAUCGGUGCUUUGCUCUACCUCAACGCUGUCGCCGAAAGUCACCCCAUAUCUCUUCCGACG